UCUUUCCCCCACCAACAACCUGCUCUCCAUUUCCAAUUUCCACGCCGCCGCCAACAUGCCUACCUCCGCCGCCGCCUCCGCCACCGCCGCGUGGGCCACCCUAUCCUCCGUCAAUCCCCGCCGGUCGUCGUCUGCGCUCAGGCUCCCACCGUCCCUCCGCCGGUCCCUUCCCAGCAGACUCUCAUCGUCGUCACCCUCGCGCUCUCCGCUCGUGCCGGUCUCCGCCAUGGCCUCUCCCGCCGCCGCCGCCUCCGGUGAGACGGCCUCCAGGAAGAAACUCAUCAUAUUCGAUGCCGAGGAGGACCUCGCGGCGUCGCUGGCCAAGUACACGGCGGAGUUGUCGGCAAAGUUCGCGGCGGAGAGGGGCGCCUUCACUGUCGUCCUCUCCGGCGGCUCCCUCGUGAAGGCCCUCAGGAAACUAGCGGAGCCGCCGUACCUGGAGGCGGUGGAUUGGAGUAAAUGGCAUGUGUUCUGGGUGGAUGAGAGGGUGGUGCCCAAGGAUCACGCGGAUAGCAACUACAAGCUCGCCUCAGAUGAGUUCCUCUCUAAGGUGCCAAUUCCUGCUGACCAAGUUUAUGCCAUAAAUGAUGCACUGUCAUCCGAGGGUGCUGCAGAGGAUUAUGAAACUCGUUUAAAGCAACUUGUUAAGGAUGGUGUGAUUGAAACAUCAACAGUGUCCGGGUUCCCCAAGUUCGAUCUUAUGCUUAUGGGGAUGGGACCUGAUGGCCACAUUGCCUCACUCUUCCCUGGCCACCCUGUAGUCAAUGAAAACCAGAAGUGGGUCACCUUUGUCAAGGAUUCUCCGAAGCCACCACCAGAGAGAAUAACCUUCACUUUCCCGGUGAUAAAUUCGUCAGCGCACAUCGCACUUGUGGUCACCGGUGCCGGCAAAGCUGGUGCUGUUCAUAAAGCACUUUCGGGAGGGCAAAAGACAUCAGAUUUGCUGCCUGUUGAGAUGGUUUCUCUUCAGGAUGGGGAGCUCAUUUGGUUCACUGACAAGCCAGCGGUGUCAAUGUUGUCAAGCAUUUGAAGCCACGAUUGUAUAAAUCUGAAAGUUUCAUCUGAAGGAAUUCGUACAUGUUUGAUGGGAAUCUAUUGGGUUCGGCAUGAAACUAUGAGGUGUUUAUGUGUUUAUAUAAAUUGUGCUGGGGAAAUUUGUCUUGGACUCCAGUUUCUACCCAAUAAUGGUCUUUUAUGGUUUUCGAUUUGGUUGAGCAUACACCGUAUCUUGCAAAUGUGUGCUUGUAAAUGUUAUCUAGCACGUGAACUGUGAUGUUUUAUAAUUCUUCUAAGGAACAUCAGCUGAAGAGGAUUUUUUACUAGUAUUUGCACUUGCUAGCACA